AUGUGUGGACAAGAUGGUACGUUCGCACUCUGCUCUCCGACUUUCGCUUCCAACCUGACCAUCUUUCUGAAGUCAAGUAGAAUAUUUCGUCGGAAGACCAACGAACCUGCUACCAGCCUUUACCUACCAGACGGAGAACGGCCCUCUGAGAGUCCCCCGAACAGAAGCUUAAUCAACGACAAUGAUGUGGUUGACGAGAAGGGACCUCUCGGCUUUAACUUGCUCUAUACACCCUCCGAGCCCCCGAUUGACUUGAUCUUUGUUCAUGGCUUGGGAGGUGGCCCAAGAAAGACUUGGAGCCGGAGACCUUCGAUCGCGCAGGACGAUUGGCCCAAUCUCCCCAGAGACGCCGCCUUCGAAAGUGUCCGCAUUCACAGUUUUGGAUACAACUCGGACUACGUCAAAAGCGAAAAUGAUUGCUGGAUCAUCCACCGUUUCGGUCAGUCCCUGCUGGCAGACUUGAGAACCCCGCCGCGUCUCGGGAAGACAGAUACACACCUGAUCAUGGUCGGGCACAGCAUGGGAGGCUUGGUGACAAAGCGCGCAUAUAUGGCAAUGUAUUUCCUCGCAACACCGCAUCAAGUCUCAGACUGGGCAAAAGUCCUGGAUCGCAUGUUGAAGAUCUUUUCUCUAUCGAUCGACUUUGUGGAGGAGCUGAAGAAAGAUUCUGGAGCACUUGAGUCUAUCAAUGAAGAAUUCCGCCCCUACUCUGAUCAGUUUGAGCUGUUUGCAUUCUACGAGAUGUAG